GCGUCCGACAUAGACAAUGAGACGCCGAUGAAGGGCACGAGUGAGAUCUCCGAAGAGGAGUUUCAACGUCUGAAGGAAUUCAUCUAUGGGAUGAUUGGCUGUCUGCGGCAGUGCGAGCUCAUUUUCUUCGUGGGCCUGCCGCUGUUGGGUCUAGCUGGUGCUUUCUUCACAACGAAGGAGCAAGGCUUCCCCAUGGGGUUCUACCUCGGCUACGUGCCCUUCCUGCUUGUGAACAAGGGCAUUGAGGUGUACUACCUCUUUCGCUGGAAAGCCUUGGACCCGGUCGCGGCAGAGAUCCAGAAG